AUGAGUGACAUAAGGCCGGAGAAAACAACAGCCGAAAUCCAAGAGGAGGUUGAGGAUACAUGGGUUCCAGGAACAGUUCAUCUUGUUGAUUUAGAUCAAUCCUUGGAUGUUAAACACAAUGGAGAUAGUGAUUUAGUUUUGAUUCCUCAACCUUCUGAUGACCCAAAUGAUCCACUACGUUGGAGUCAAAAGAAGAAAAACUUGCAGUUCAGUAUUCUUUGGAUCUGGUCUUUCUUAACUGCAGUGGCUACUAAUUGGUCGGGUCCGGCAUGGGAUAACUGGGUUGUUGAUUUCAACACAAAUUAUAGCGUGCUAAACGAUACAAGUGCUGUUGGUUGGUGUUUCUUGGGUGUGGGAUGUCUUUUUUUGCAACCCACCGCCAUGAAAUUUGGACGAAGAGGUGUUUAUAUCUUUGCGACAAUUUGUCAAAUGUGUGGAAACAUUAUUGGAGGUGUUGCACAUUCAAUCAGCAUGCUAUAUGGCUGCAACAUUUUAACGUGCUUUGCUGGUGCUCCAUGCGACUCUUUAGUUCAGAUCUCGACAACUGAUGUGUUUUUCCAGCAUGAAAGAGCUCAUAGGAUUUCCUUACUUACGUUCGCAUUGUAUUCCGGAUCAUACCUUGGACCUAUGGUGGCCGGAUAUAUCGUGGAAUCUCAAGGAUGGAGAUGGUGUAUGUGGUAUUUAGCAAUCUUCUUUGGAGUUAUUCUUGCUUUCCAGAUUUUUUUCAUGGAGGAUACAAUUUUUGUCAGAGAUGACCAGAAAAGGGAUGAAGAAAAUAUAUUAACACAAAUAAUUAGCCGUGACUCACGUAUCGUCCCUGAACCUACAUAUAACAAUCAUGGUGGGGAAUAUUCAAAGCGGAAUUAUACAGAAUCCAUCACAGAAGCUGAAUCGAAUGAAAAAAAAUGCACUGUGGAAAAGAGGACGUAUCUUGAGAAGUUAAAGGUUAUUGAAACCAAGUAUAACGACAAAAGACCUUGGUAUGUGAUUUUCCUACGUCCUUUUAUGGCAAUAGGACUUCCCGCAUUCGUGUGGGGAGGAUUUGUGUAUGGAGUUCAGGUUAUGUGGCUCUCUUUGAUGGCAACUACUCAGUCGGAAUUCUUUUCAGUCGCUCCUUAUAAUUUAGGACCGGCCGCCGUUGGUGACACAAAUAUAUCUUGUUUCAUCGGUACAAUCUUUGGCACCUUUUGGGGUGGAAACUGGUCUGACAAAUUUGUGGCUUGGAUGGCAAGGAGAAAUAAAGGUAUACUGGAACCUGAGUUUAGGCUAUGGUUUAUGAUACUUCCAGCCGUGAUAAAUUCGGCUGGAUUGUUGAUGUAUGGACUUGGUUUAAAUUCUCAGAUUCACUGGAUUCUCCCAGGAGGAUUUGGAAUGGCAUUCAUGGGAUUUGGAAUGGGCUCUGCGGGAGCUUUAACUAUUACAUACGCUUUAGAUUGUUAUCCACAAAUGCAGAGUGAAGGACUUGUCCUUAUGCUCUUCUUUAGAAAUAUGAUAGGAAUGGGAUUCACGUUUGCUAUACAGCCUUGGUUGGACAAAGAUGGUUUGGUGACGACUACAUGGCUUAUGUUCAUGCUAUCUGUUGUCUUCAAUUUCAGUUGCUUCAUAUUCAUUUUCUGGGGAAAGAAGUUUCGCAGGGCCACAAAGAAAUGGUACUUGAAGUAUUCCGAUUCCAGAACGCUAUUUUAG